AUGCCUUCUUCCGUCGAUGGCGCACUCGCUCUCGAAGCCCGACCACCGGCCGUCCGCAGAACCUCGGCCCCAAAGUCGGACCGUGUCAGCCACCCACGUGCAGCCAUGACGGUACACAAGGACUACCUGCCGUCUGCGCGCACCUCCGUGCAAUACGUUUCGUACGUCUCCGAGUCCCUCAUGUUCGCCUCCGUCGCCCUGUCGCCCUCCCAAUCGUACGCCACACCCUCGCUCCCUUCCUUCACUGGCAGGCAUCCCACUUGGGAUGAUGUUCCUGCACCACCCGCCUAUUCCCCGCCGGGGCCGUCGGUCGACACCCAGCACUCAGUGCCGCUCCGCGGCACGAGCCCGCCUUGGACCGCAGCGCGGGCGAAGCUCGCGCUAGGACUCGUCCACUACAUCGCGCACGGCAUCGUCUACUGCCUGCUCUCCGGCACCUCCGCCCUAGUCUGCACCUCCGCAGGCUAUAUCUUCCUCAUCUCGCGGGAACCAUAUAGAAGCUCGAACCGGGACACGAUCCUCUGUGUGAGCAGCAUCGGUGGUGCCGCAGUGGGGCUCAUCGUCUUCACUCUCUGCUGGAGCUUCACCCAGAUCGAACCUGGUGGUACGGGCCAUGACGCGGCUGGUCGUGCCGAGCAAAUCGGGUGGAAAGCCUCAUGCCGCUCGGGUGUUCUGUGGCGUCGUUGUUGGAGGGUGCUGGGUGCAUAUGUCGGUGCGCGGAUGCCGGGACGCGGAUUGGGCGGUGGCCUUGAUGAGGUACACGCGUUCAGGCUCGGCGCCGUGGGUUCAUGA